AUGGAAAGUGAUUCCGAAGAUAAUAGUAAAUCUUGUGAUUCAUGGGAUGAUGACCCUGAGAUAAAGGAAAUAAAAGAAAUGGAGAAAGACUUAGAAAUGCAGAUAAUGAAAAACAUUAAAAAGGAAAAAGUUAUCUCUGUUGAUUUACCAUCUAAUUCAACACCGGUCCAGUUAAAGGUGGAAGUGGAAGUCGAACAAUAUUCAGAUAAAGAGGACAUUGAUGAUCCACCGGCAAAUGAUGAUGAUGAUGAUGAUGAUGAUGAUGGUGACGAUGAUGGUGAUGGUGAUGAUGAUGAUGAUGAUGAUGAUGAAGAAGACAUAAGUGACAAUAAUAUUACAAAUAUUGAGGAGCUCCGAGGAGCGAGUAACUGCAAUAAUUACAAUAGAGCAACAUCAGAUGUUGAGUCUCUGAGUAAACUUAAUGUUUACAAGAAAAUAAAGAGCUUCACGGCUCAAGUUCAUAUAUCGGCCGAAGAACUAAUCGAUGCAGCCAAACAUCAUCAGGUCUUAGAUAAUUAUGCUGAUAAGUUCCUAUCAGUGAGAGUUCUAAACUCUUUAUUCCGUUGGAACAGGAAAAUUUUGGAGGCGGAUUUUGCAGAGAGAUCAAUACAGGUUGCACUGGAUAAGUGGAUAUGUUGGUUCAGACAGUGUACCAGAUAUUCUGACGUGCCCCAGUUUUACAAGUGUUAUAUGUGCGAUAAGGCCUGGUGGGAUUUGGAUCCUUUCAGAGAACACCUACGCAAGCAUAAGACUGAUUAUAUAGUCAACUUUGAAGAUUUAGGGUAUGAAUCAAAUAUAGUUGCCUAUUUAAGCAAGGAAUUAAGGCCUCCGUUUAAAAAUAUUAGAACCCAAGGAAAAUGUUUAAAGUGUGAUAGACGGUGCGAGAAUCAUUUUUUUAAAGCAAACUACAGUCCCAUCAUACCCGAUAAGGGUGAUUACCCUUAUUUCUGUUUGAAGUGUACAGAGAAAUUUCCAACCUGCGGUGCUCGAAGGGUACAUGAACAAACACAACAUGGGAAACAGCAGUUUCCUUGUUUGUAUUGCAAAUUGAGUUUCAGCUCUAAACGUAUCCUAGAAGAUCAUCUCCAAAGACACACAGUGAGGUCAGACAGACCAAGCACUAUUCCGACGAAAUUGUGUGCAGAAUGUAAUCUUAGAUAUGCCGUAUUCAAAACACACCCGUGCCCUAAGAAGUGGUUCCGUUGGUGCAACCAAUGCUACAGACAAUUUGAUAUGAAGGGAGCUCAAGAAAUACAUGGUUUAUUUUCAAAAACAAACGUCAGCUGUAAUAUAUGCUCUCAGAAGUUUUUCAGCGAAUGUUCUCUGGUUGAUCAUUAUUUAACGCACACAAACAACUUCACCCUGCAGUAUUUGUGCACUAGAUGCGGCGUUUUCAUUCACAAGGACUUGAGGAAGCAGCACAAGAAACAGUUUCACAAUAGGAAUCCGUAUUACAACAAAAUACCAUUGGUGUUGCCGUUUAUUGUUCCGAAAGCGUUGUUCUUAUCGAAGAUCGAGGGACUGCCGGGAACUAAAGUUCAAGUCUUGUACGUGGUCGAAACCCCUCCACCUCCUCGAGUGUCAAAGCAGCAAGAACUCAAAGCGGCUCUGGACGGCCUCAAGCAAGACAUGUACGAGCAUCUAUCGCAGUACGCCAACACGUCUCAGACUACCACUCCAACGAGGAACUGUGAAACGACCUGCAUUGAUCUCACUGAAUCCGAGCCCGAGCAAGAGAUUAAUGUAAAAACAGAAAUAAAUAUUGAGCCCGAGGAAUGCGAGGAUGACAUCAUAAACUUAAACAUUAAUAAUAUAUCCUUAAUGAAAACGAGAGCCACCGAACAAAGUACCACAGAACAGAACAAGGAACCCGAAUUAGUUUUGGAAAAAACUAAUCAAAUUACCAACGAGCCCGGUACGUUUAAUAUUGAGAUAUUAAAUGUAAAUAAUGGUACAGAUUCGUUUGAAAUUCAAUUAAAGUAUGACAGUGAAAGCAGCUUGAAACAAAGCCAGAGAGAGAAGUCUGUGAGUCACAUUGAACACAAUAUUUCGUCCGAUGAAUUUGCAUCAGAUUCCAGCAACGACGAAGGGACCGAGUGCACGGAAAAUGGCGACGUAAUAAGUGUAAAUAAAUAUCGAGUUAAACAGCCCUGUGUCUGCACGAAAUGUAAUACAAGAUACGAUACGCUCGAGAGUUAUUUGAGUCAUUUCACGAGCCACAAUUACCAGUCGAACACGUGCCCGCAGUGUCUGUCAGUGUUUGGCACCCCAAUGAAACUGGCCUGGCAUUUCAAGACCCACAUAAACAGGACGUUCUUGAAGACGAAGUUCCUGGACGGCGACCAGAAAUCGGAGAAGCUGUACCGCUGCAAACACUGCAAGCAGAUAUUCUUCAAGAAUGAAUUCUUUGAGCACUGGGAGAGUCAUUUUGUGUUGGUGCGCUUCAAGGACUCUGAACGCUACGAAACGGCUCUUGAAGUUGGAAAGAGAAGCAGAACCAUUUCUGAGUCAUCGAUGAAAACUAUAAUAGAUUGCAUACUGAAUGAUGAAUAUUUGAAAUCACAAAAAACCUGUGUCGUGUGUAUGAAGGAGUUCAAUAGACAGAACGUCAUCAAGAGACAUCUGAUUGAACAUAUGUUAAAGGAUGCACAAUUGAAAGGUGAAAAGAACGGAGACACCAACAGGAUUUUUAAUUGGUGCCUGAGAUGUCAAAUUUGUUCGGAGCUUCUGGAGAAUUCGAUUGUGUACAAGAUUCAUCUGCGCGAGCACGCCUCCCUACCCGUCCACACGUGCGACGUGUGCGAUCGCGUCUUCAACAACACGUAUUACUUCGCGAAGCACAAAAAGAAACACGAUCUGGAGAAGGAGAACAGCAUCAAGCAACUAUACGAGAAGCAGACUGAAGCGAACCCGUCUGCGGGGAGACAAGUGCUAGAAUCCGAGCCGGAGCUAAAUAUAAAGCCCGAAAUGCCGUUUGAAGUGAUUGAUGAAUUCGAGGAUGAUGCAAACGUCAAUGAUGAUAUGGCAACACCACAACGCGACGAGGGAAUGUCAGUUGAAUCGAGUAUCAGCAGUGACGUUGACAAAAUCAAAAUCGAAGCGACUACAUCUAUACAAGACAUCAAGAAGGAGAUCGUGGAAGAAGACCUCCAGGUGGAGAUGGAUUACAACGAGUUCAGCGUAGUCAAAUUGGAGUAUGAGGAUCUGAUAGAACGGAAAGAGAACUCACCGAGUGAGCUCGCGAUUACAGCCGAGGAAAACUCCUCGGAUUCAAGCCUAGACGAGGAGAUAGAGUACGCUGAAGUCGAGGAUCUACUCAACGUGAAGAGGAAACGUCACGAGACCAGAGGCCGGAAGCCAGCCGUCCAAAUCGAGCCGCAUCUCUGCACGAAAUGCGACAAAGAGUACGACAGUCUGUACAAAUAUCUCGAGCACCUCACCUGUCACGACCUCAAGGCUAACACCUGUCCGCAGUGUCUCAAGACAUUCGAGAGGACAACGAAGCUGAUGUGGCACUUCAAGAUCCACAUCAACCAAACUUUCCUGAAGAUCAAGUUCCUCAAGACGGAGGAAAAAGCCGGUAAGAUAUUCCGGUGUAGACAUUGCAAGAAGAUCGUGACGAAGGAUGAUUUCUUUGAACAUUGGGAGAGGCACUACGCUUUGAUGGACUGGAAGAGCCAAAAAAAAAUGGACGUUGUCAUUGUCAAUACGGACAAGAAUAACAAGAAUCUCUCGGAAACUAUGAUGAAAAAUAUUAUAGAUUACAUACUGGGCGAUCCGAAGUUCAAGCGCCAAAAGAUUUGCGUCGUCUGCAAGAGGACCUUCAACCGGCAGAGCGACGUCAAGCGCCACCUGGUGGAGCACCUGCUCAAGGACGCGCAGGUCAACGGCGAGAGGAGCUUCUUCAACUGGUCGUUGAGAUGUCAAAUAUGUUCGGAGGCCUUCGACAAGGCGAGCUCGUACAAGAGCCACCUGCGGGAGCACGCGUCGCUGCCGAUAUACACGUGCGAGCUGUGCGACCGCGUCUUCAGCGACUCGAGCAACUUCACCAAGCACAAGAAGGUCCACAACCUGCAGAACUACAGAUGCGAGAUAUGCAACAAGAAAUUUCAGACCCUGCCGUAUCUCGAGAAGCACAUGGAGAUACACAAAGAGAAGCCAAUUAAAUGUCCUUGUUGCCCGGUGAUGUCGUACACUCCGUCCUUAAACAGGAGACACAUCAGGAUGCAUCACGUGAAGGGCACAAAAACGCUGUGUCCUAUUUGUUCGGAGCGAUUCCACACACUCAAAAUGAAAUGGGACCAUCUGUGGCAAGUCCAUAAAUUGAGGAAGGAGAAAUGGGAUUGUAACCUGUGCGGGUCCAGCUACAGGAAAUUCAAAGAUCUGAAGGACCAUUACAAAGAUGUGCACCGCAAGAAAUACUUGAAGCUCAUGUCUGGGAAUAAGAAGGAUAAGAUAAAGAAGUUGCUAUUGCAAGCUAACGUGACGGUUAAAAGUGAACCUGCAGAAGAAUCUAAUGAAAUGGUGGACAUAAUAAACUAGUGUUUUGUGAUUUUGUUGUACCAUUGUAUGAUGUAGCCACACGUAUAGAACUGUCAUGUGUUGUCAAGAUGAAAAGUUUAUUAGCACUAAAAGGUAACUCAGAUAGACAGGAGUGAUAAUGGCUUUGCGAACACUGAAUGUCACAAAAUCUUGCAAAAUAUGUUUUUUUUUUUUCGUUCAUUGCCUUUGUCGGCAGAAGAGUAUAUGGUGAUAUUAUAUAGUGGUAAGAAGCUACCAUCGCUCGUGGAGGUCAGAAAUGCCAGGUGCAUAGCCAAGCCACUGCCUACCAACGAGUACUCUGCGGCAACCUCAUUUAAAAAAGUGGAAGUUAGAGAUGAUAAAUCAUUCAAAGAUCUCUGGAGACGCACUGUGGAUGAUCGCAGUAGCUGUAAAUAGUGUGGCGGAAGGGCUGAAGGUACAGGAUCAUGUCAAAUAAUUGGUCGGAGCACAAUUAUAAAAAAAAACACAUUAAUAUUGCUGUUGAACGUAGCUAUGAUGUAAGCUCUCUACUGUUUGGUUUAUCCUCUAAAUUAGAUACCUUAUGUAUCAUAUCGAGUUUUAAAAUCAAUAAAAUUGAUUAU